GCCUCAGGACCCCACAGGGUGAGGCUGUUGAUGCGGCCACCUUUGGCUGGAACUGGAGAGUUUCUGAUCAGGAAGCUCGGUGCACAGCAGAUUGUGGAGAUGCAUGCCCACGUUGCUCUUCUGAGCAGCUGCUGGAGAAAAAUGUAGCCAGUCAAUGGAUCGCCAUGCACGAGUACAUUUGGUCACCACAAAAUCCAUUGUACCUGUGCCUGGAAGUUAACUACGCUAAAAUUUCUGCAGCAGUCAGCCUAUUUGACCUUUGCUCUACUGAUGACACUCAGAAGGUCCUCUGCCUGGUCUUGGAGGCCUAUGCUGCUGCCUGUCAAAAUGCCCAGAUCCAGAUUGGAGAGUGGAGAAAUAGCACCUUCUGCCCUGUUUCCUGCCCACUGAAUAGCCAUUAUAAGUCCUGUGGCUCAGCCUGCCCUGCCACCUGUGAGGACCCAUUCAGCGCAAGAUCCUGCAUCCUGGCUUGUCUGGAGACCUGCCAGUGUGAUCCAGGAUUCGUCCUGGAUGGUGACACCUGCGUCCCCUUGUCCCAGUGUGGCUGCACUCACAACGGCUACCGUUACCACAUCAACCAGAUCUUCUGGGCUGAUGAGGGAUGCACUGAAAAAUGUGUUUGUGACCCACACACCCACCAGACGCAGUGCCAUUUGGAUUAUUGUGGCCCCAAUGAAUACUGCGGUCUUCAAUAUGGAGUCAGAAGCUGUGUGCCGCACCACCAGCAGACAUACAUGUACACUGGUCAUCACAUAGUCCCCUUUGACCAACAUGACCAUGAUUUGCAUGGCACCUGUCACUACCAGUUACUGGGCAUAUGUGGACAGAAACAAGGCCUUGAUGCCAUUCAGGUUUACGUACAGACAGUUGGACACCUAGAGUCAGCACUUAAUGUCCUGCAAUGUGAGUGGUGUGCUUGUGGCAAAAACACUGAGAGCACAGAGGUUGAUGGUGUCAAGAGGAACAUGCUCUAUCUCUUCAGCCCUACUACACUGGCUUUCUCUUUGGGGCUGCACACUUACAUAUACACUGACAAUGGCUUUGAAUUUAGUCUCAGCAAAGAGGGCAUAGUUAGUAUUAGUCUCUCAAGUAAAUAUGCUAAUGCUACUUGUGGCCUGUGUGGUAACUUCAACUCUGAUCCUGCUAAUGAACUCACAGCAAAUGGCCCAGAGGAGCAUCUCAGUCCUGAGCAUUUUGGAAAAGCUUGGAGAAGUGGGCAGAAUCCUUGGUGUGUGGAGGGCUGUCUAGGAGGAAGUUGUCCAAAAUGUUCAUCUGAGCGUCUUGCCCGCUUCUCUGACCUGGAGGCUUGCGGGAAGAUUCUGGAAGUUAAUGGACCAUUCAGAAACUGUCAUGGCAAAGUGGACCCCUCCAGCUUUUACAAGCACUGCAUCAGUGACCUGUGUCUUCAUAGAGGUCUCCAGCCUGCACUGUGUCACUCCCAGGCAGAGUAUACUGCUGUCUGCCUUUCCUACAAGGCUACCGUUUAUGCCUGGAGGAGUCCUGGAUUCUGCUACCCGUCCUGUCCCUCCAGUACCAGUUACAGCAUGAGUUCUGCCUCGAUUCCCCUCUGCCUCGGAUGCAAGAAUAACACAGUAGAGAUGCCUCCAAACGUUGGGGAGAACUGCCUCUGUUAAGAGGGUUUAGUUCACAGUGGCAGCCUCUGUGUCCAUCCAGAAAGCUGUGGCUGCUUUCACCAUGGAGAAUACCUCUAGGCAGGACAGGAGGUGUACAUGCCAGCAAAGCUGUUUAUGUCAUGCUGGGGGACACAUAACUUGUCAUAAUGUCUCCUGUGGAGAGGAUGAGGAAUGUAAGCUAAUUAGGGGUGUUCAAGUUUGCCACUCCUAACCCAAAGUGGCACACUGCUCUGUUUAUGGAUCCCAAUACACCACGUUUGACGGACAGGCAUUUGAAUUUCAUGGUUCAUGUUACUACACCCUGGUGCAGACGUGCCUCGAUAACCUGGAAGUGGAGCCUGUUUUGAUAGCUGCACAGGGCAACCGUAGUAAGGGCAGGCAGAUCUACUUGCAAGUCAAUAACAUGUAUUUUAUGAUGUCAACAGCUUUUCCUGGAAAAAUACAGUAAAUUAUUUUACCCAGGUAAAUGGAGUUUGAGAACCUGCCAUUUUCCCAGAGCAACGUCACUGUACAUGAGAAAAAUGGACGGAUAACCAUAAAGACCCCACAGUCCGUUGAGCUUGUAUCAGACCUACAAAACCAUAUUCUGGUCAAGAUCCCUGACAUUUACCACGAGACAACCUGUGGCCUUUGUGGAAACUACAAUGAUAAUCCCUCUGAUGACCUGCAGCUGCCAAAUGGCACCAUGAUCUCUGAUCCUGAUAUUGUUGGGCCAUCAUGGAAGUUGUCUGAUACUGAAUCAUCUUGCAGUGACGCAUGUGACAGUACCUGUCAAGUCUGCCAGUCCCCAAUGCCCGAGUACACCUCAGACCUGUACUGUGGCCUUCUCACCCAUCCCGGAGGACCAUUCUCCUCUUAUCACCAUUUAGUGUGCCCACAGAAAUACUACUCCCUCUGCAUGGAAAACCUUUGUGGUGCAGAGGGCCAACGCUGGGCCCUGUGUGAUGCAUUGUGGGCCUAUGAUGCAGCAUGUAAGGAGGCAGGAGGGAUGGUUGUCCUCUGGACAAACACCACAGGCUGUGCUUAUCAAUGUCCUCAAUUGAGCCACUACCGCCAGUGUGCCAAUGCUUGCUCCUCACUGUGUCCUGAGAUUAGCCAGAUGGUACCGUGCCCCAAAGACUGUGAGGAAGGUUGCCAGUGUACUACUGGACACCUUUUAUGAUGGCCUUGCCUGUGUACCAGCAGAGCAGUGUGGCUGCGUACAGGACGGGAGGAGGUUUAAGGCUUCUGAAAGCAAACUGCUACAAAACUGUACUGUUAACUGCACCUGUGGGCCUCCUCUUGUCUGUGAGCAAUACUCAUGUCCUGCGCAGCACAGUUGUAUAGUUUCAGAUGGAAUCAUGGGUUGCCACAAGGAUGCAGAGCGAAACCCAGAGCUGUGUGAGGUGAAAAUGUGAUGAAACGGAGAGAUGUUACCUAAGCAAUGUCUUGUGAGAGCCGUCGGGGUCUGUGCUGGGCCUGGGGAGGCCAGCACUACCACACUUUCGAUGGGCUCAACUAUGACUUUGAGGGUACCUGUACCUAUCUGCUCGCAGCCAGCAAAGGGGCAUCAUGUGGUCUGACACCCUUUAGUGUAUCCAAGAAGACUGACCGUAAUGAUGAUGGAGCUGCAUCCUCCACACAGGUGGUCACUGUACAUGCUUAUGGGUUCAUCAUCAAGUUUGGUAGUGAAAAGUGUAUUAUACAUGUUAAUGGUAAAGUGACAUACAUUCCUGCUAAUCUGUUGCGGGGUAAGCUCCAGGUCUCUUACAAGGAAGGCAAAGCUAUUGACAACGGACUUUGGUAUGCAAGUAGUCUUUAAUGGGACCUCCACUGUUCUUGUUACAUUGGAUCCACACUACAAGGGCAAAGUGUAUGGGCUGUGUAAUGGCGAUCCUCAAGAUGAGUAUCCUGUAACUACACCUGGUUCCCCUCCCAUUAAGACAAGUAUGGAGCUCGCUCAGGCUUACCGGCUCUUUGAUGAGGACCAUAACUGUUGUACUGGCUGUAAGCAGGUACUGGAUGAAGUGACCUUGCAUGCCAAUCCUAUUUCUGAGGUUGUCUCUAGUGACAGGGGAAAGUGUGCAGUGCUCAUGGAUCAGAGGGGUCCGUUUGCCCACUGUCACAGUCGAGUCAACCCGGAUUCCUUCUAUGAAAGUUGUGUAGUCGACCACAUGGAUAACGGGGUUGAAAGUGACUCUUGACCAGGCCAUAUAUUCAUAUUCCUUAGUUUGUGAAGAAGACAGUGAUGGCUACCACAGUGGAGUGAUAGUUGAUGUGCACUGUCCACCAAAUGGCCACUACAAGACCUGCGGCUCUGCCUGCCCUCCAUCCUGUGAAUUUAAUGCCAGUUUCUGUAAUGAGAUGUGUGUGCAGGGCUGCUUCUGUAACCCUGGUUUCAUUAGUAGUCAAAUUGGCUGUGUGCACCCACAUCAGUGUGGCUGCACAGACUCCAGAGGCAAAUACGACAGCCUUCACUCAACUUUCUGGACACCGGACAACUAUGGUCAGCUCUGUAUCGGCACUGGAGAGAUCCAGUGCCGCCCAGAGGAAUGGUCUGCAGGCAGCUACAGCACAAGCGGGUGUGUCAACCUGAAACCCCCCAGAACUGUACCAUUGUCACUUGGCUGCAUUUCCAGACCUUUGAUGGACACAACUUUGACUUUAGAGACAGUUGUGCAUAUUCUUUGGUUCAAACCAAGGCCAACCUAGGUGGAAUAACACCAUUUAAUAUCACUAUCUCUGAUGCAAGUUGCCACAAAAGGCUUUUUCAUAGCCUUGAUUUAACACUCUCAAUCUAUGGUCUGGAGGUGGUAGUGAGAAAAGAUGACCCAGGAAAGGUUUUGGUUGAUGGACUGUAUAAGCCCUUACCUUACUCUCAAAGGCCAUGUAAAUGCCUACCGCACACCUUUUGUCUAUAAUCAUUCACACUGAUGUGGGAUUACAGCUGAUCGUCCACAACACUGGUACACUAAUUGUUAUCCUCCCCAGCAGUUAUGGCUCUUCUGUCUCUGGUCUUUGCGGGAAUGCCAACACUGACCCCUAUGAUGACCAAAUGAUGUCCAACGAAGAGCUUGUCCAAAAUGACCUAGAGUUUGCCUACAGCUGGAGGUCUCUGGGAGCAGAGGCUUGUAGGUCCAACUGCUCCUCCAGACAGAAGCAUUGUCCUGUUGUUCAGAAGCUUUUUGAAGGCACCAAUUUUUGUGAAGUGUUGUUGAAUGAGCUAGGGCCAUUUGCAGGCUGUGCCUCGGUGUUGAGUCCCAAGCUUUACUUCCACAGCUGUGUAACCAAUUCCUGCUCUUAUGACGGACACUACUCGGCACUCUGCAAUUCUAUUGCAUCCUAUGCUGCAGCCUGCCAAGCAGCUCAGCUUCCUGUCAGGCAGUGGAGACUUGACACUUUUUGUGCCUGAUGUCCCUCUGUGACGAAGCAAGUGUGCACUGGUUCAGCCUGAUCUCUUACCAUGGACCUUGUGAUGGCAGCUCUUACAAGCUUGUCACAGUGUUUCAUGGAUCAUCAUUUACCGUACAGGAAGGCCCAGUGAAGGUGAAUGGACAGUCUGUGUCUCUCCCUCACAUCUUGCCAUCAGGGGUGUCCCUGUCAUCUGGUGUGAACCAGGACAAAUCGGAGGUCAUUGUGAUCCUGAGGAGAGACAUUGGGAUGGACUCAGAGCUGGAGAUAGAGAUUGGUGUUACCAUGGUGUCGGUCAAGGUCCCUCUCUGGUACUUAAGCAAAUUGUGUGGUCUCUGUGGAAACCUUAAUGACCUUCACUCACACAAUUCACUCAGGUCAUGGGUUCUCCCUGACUUUCCUGGCUGUGGCUUCACUGGAUGAUGGCUGACUGUUUUAAUGUCCUAAGUAAUGUGAAUUGGUGGAUGUUUCAAUACAAAAACAAUUAAAACAA